CACACUUUGCGCUCCUGUAACGGGAGAGAUGAUGACCUCCGAAUAAUAAUCAAACUCAGAGAUGAAAACACGGGACAGUAGUGCCGUUUACCACACUGACAGCACGAUACUAUGAGGACAUCGAUUACAGGCAGUCAUUUAAACAUCAGCAAAUAGGAGGCGCAUCGUGUGAGACUGCAGCAUCACCUGAAUCUCCUCCAUCAGCCUCCGUCUGUCUCUGAUAACGCACAAACAUCAGACCGGAGCGCGGAUCGGAGGCGAUGGCAGCCGGCGGAGGAUGCGGGCAAUCGGUGGAUCAGUACCGGGCCGAGGUGGAGCGGUUGACUCGGGAGCUCGCAGAGGCGAACCGGGAGAAGAUUCGUGCGGCGGAAUGCGGUCUGGUGGUUCUGGAGGAGAAUGAGACACUGAAGCAUCAGUACGCGGAGCUCGAGAGUGAACAGGAGGCGCUGAAACACGAGCUGGAGCAGCUGCAGGAGGCGUUCGGUCAGGCAUACACCAACCAGCGGAAGGUAGCGGAGGAUGGCGAGACGAACGAGGAGACGCUGCUGCAGGAGUCUGCGUCUAAAGAGGCUUAUUACACGAGUCGUCUGGAGGAGCUGCAAACGCAGCUGAAGAUGAGCAGUUCUGUGGCCUCAAACGCUCAAGCAGAGAGCGAACAUCUCAAUGUGCUGCUGCAGGAGCUCCGAGAGAAUAAAGAGAUGUUGGAGCUGCAGAGGAGUCGGAUGAGAGAGGAGAUCAGAGAGUAUAAAUUCAGAGAGACACGACUGCUGCAGGAUUACACUGAACUGGAGGAGGAGAACAUCACGCUGCAGAAACUCGUGUCAACACUCAAACAGAAUCAGGUGGAAUAUGAGGGUCUAAAACAUGAAAUCAAAGUUCUGGAGGAGGAGACGGUGCUACUCAACAGCCAAUUGGAAGAUGCCUUGCGUUUGAAGGACAUUUCGGAGGGCCAGUUAGAGGAGGCAUUGGACGCUCUAAAGAGUGAAAGAGAGCAGAAGAACAGUCUGAGAAAGGAGCUGACCCAUCACCUCAGCCUGAUGGACACACACCUGACCAUCUCAGCCGUGGAGGGGUUAAAGUUCACAGAGGAGGCGGUGACCAACAGCACGUCUGCUUCCAUCUCUGAGGACAGUAACCGCAGUAAUGAGUGUAAUGGACACAGACUGAAGAUGAAUGGAGAGUUCCAGCGGCCGGGAGGCAGGAAGAGCGAGGUGCUUCACCCGGUGUCUGAUCUCUUCAGUGAACUCAACCUGACUGAGAUACAGAAGCUCAAACAGCAGCUCUUACAGGUUGAGCGAGAGAAAGCGGCUCUGCUAACUAACCUGCAGGAGUGUCAAACUCAACUGCAGCACACGCAGGGCGCUUUAACAGAACAACACAUGUGCGUUCAUCACCUUAAUGAGCGAGUCAAUGGAAUGAAACAUCUCCACAGUGACAAGGAGUUUGAUCCAGAGGAGACUGAGAAGAUCGACACACCCUUAAAUGUUUGCUGUGAAUAUGAGACGGACAUCAACGGAAUAGAGCUACUCGAGUGUAAAUACAGAUUCGCUGUGACUGAGGUCAUUGACUUGAAGGCGGAGCUUAAGGCUUUAAAGGAAAGGUAUAACCAAUCUGUGGAGAGCCAAUCAGAAGAGUCCAACCAAUGCGAAGGAAAAGUCCAGGCGCUCGAAGAGCAGGUGAAGCAUUUGGAGAAAGCCUGCCUUGAGGGCCACGAGCGAAUUAGCAGUCUUGAAGCAGACCUCCAGUGCGUGUCAGGUAUAGCUAGUGAGAGUAACGGCAUGUUGAAUGCAGCUCAAGACGAGCUGGUUAUGUUUAGUGAAGAACUUGCUCAGCUGUAUCAUCACGUCUGUCUGUGCAACAACGAGACACCAAACCGCGUCAUGCUGGACUAUUACCGCCAGAGUCGGGUCACGCGCAGCGGAAGUCUCAAAGGCCCCGAUGACCCGAGAGCCCUGCUUUCUCCACGUCUAGCUCGCCGACUCGCUGCUGCUAACUCCUCAGAUGUGUCUAAGAGUCUACAAGACUCUCCGUCAAAGGAACCCUUGGGAGAAGGAUCUAAAAGGGAGCCAGGAAGUCAACAAAGUCCCACCAGAAGCCCCUUUGGUUCCCCAGUCAACAGUUCAACAUCACCUUCUCCGUCCCCACUGCCAGAGACCGGUGAUCUUCGUAGGGAGCCCAUGAACAUCUAUAACCUCAACGCCAUCAUCCGUGACCAGAUCAAACAUCUACAGAAGGCCGUGGACCACUCUCUUCAGCUGUCCAAGCAGAGAGCUGCUGUUCGAGAGUUGGCACCCAUCUUCGACAAGGACAAGGAGGUUUGCAUGGAGGAGAUCCUGAAACUCAAAUCGCUCUUGAGCACCAAAAGAGAGCAGAUUGCUACCUUGCGUCUUGUGCUUAAAGCCAACAAACAGACAGCAGAAGUGGCCCUGGCUAACCUGAAGAGUAAAUAUGAAAAUGAGAAGUGUAUGGUGACAGAGACGAUGAUGAAGCUUAGAAAUGAACUGAAGGCCCUCAAAGAAGACGCUGCCACCUUUUCUUCACUGAGGGCAAUGUUUGCCACAAGAUGUGAUGAGUAUGUAACUCAACUAGAUGAAAUGCAGAGGCAGCUGGCUGCCGCAGAAGAUGAGAAGAAGACUCUGAACUCCCUCCUGCGAAUGGCCAUCCAGCAGAAACUGGCCCUGACCCAGCGCCUGGAGGACCUGGAGUUUGACCAUGAGCAGUCACACUGUGGUCGUGGAGGGAAAGUACCAAAAAUAAGGAACAGCCCUCAAAACAUUGUCUGCAGCCUGUUGUCUCAAUACCAACAACCUCCCCACAACUGAGGCGCGGGAGGACACCACAGGUCACAGGUCACAGUUGUAAUGUGUUGUCAGCUCUUCAGAAGGACCAGACACCUGAGACCGGAUCCAGACCUCCAUGUGACUCUUUCAACUGUCUGGAUCAUCACUCUCAGCUUUUUGGCCCUUAGCUGCUGUCAAUGAUCAAACACUUCCUGUCGCUCUGAGUGGCCGAUCUUCUCUACACACCGAGAUAAAAACGAGAGGGGCGGGGCACAACAGUCAAUCAGACAUCCAGCCAAUCACAUGUUCCUCUCUGUGUGAAUCUAGAGGGACCCGCCCUAAUUUUACCCUCAGACUCAUGAAUACGAUGAAUUAUUUCAUACUUACAGAGAAAUGAUCCAUUACCACCCAGAGUAAUAGCAAAUGGAUUGGUCUGCUUUCUAUUUAGUUAUUUAUCUAUUUAUUAUUUUAUAUAUUUAUUUGUCUUUUUUGUUUAUUUUAAACAGUUAUGUGCAUUAUGUCUUGUUGGUAUUGCUCUCUAUUAAAAUGAUGGAUGCAGGGUUAGGUUUGGGUUAGUAUCAGUUAGUAUUUAUAUUAUGUUAUGGUAGCGUGAACGUGAUUAUCAGUCUUGUAACUUAUAUUUGGAAUCACUGAUUUUCAGAAAACAAAAAAGUGUGAUAUUAUAAAAAACUUGAUUGAAAGGUUGUAGAGACUGAUACUGCGAGAGGUGUGUAAACACAAUUUGAAGUGUGAAAGAGGUGGAGUUUGUUUUCAGUGAUAAUAUACCGGUAUGGUUAGGAAACCUCAGCUUCUUGAUCUAAUGUCAUUGCACAUGGAAGGGGUUUCUUUGUGCUCUUUUUCUUUUUUUAACAUGAGAUUAUUGCGAUACACAUGCACUAUAUUUUAUAUAUUCUCGUGCGUGUGGUUAUAGGAGUAGAUCAGUGCCUCAUGAAUCUCUGUGUUUGAAGGAGUUAUAGUGAGAGUGAGGUUUGAUCCCAGUGCGCUACAAUAAAUCUGAACAUGAACUGGGUUUACUACUCUCAGUUCUGCUCCAAAAACUGCACACAAGCCCUAUUUACUGCAUCCCAUAUUCACCAGAUCUAUCUCCAUAUAUCCCUUCCUCCCUCCUUUAUUUGAAUCUUUACUGUAUUUCCACCGUGUAGGCACAAACACAUUGCACAGGACUGUUUUCUGUCAUGUUGGUUUUCUAUCCUCCGAUCAUACAGUGAUGUGUACCAGCAGGACAUGCAGAAAUGUCAAAUGCCAGUGUUUUUUAUUCAGCAGUAAACCACAAAACACAUGAUAGUCUCAUUUAUUGACUGAAAGGUUAUUGAUGUGUCAACGACUGUCUAAAUGUGGAAUACAAUCAGAACCUUCUCAAAGCUUAACUGUGUGUCCAUUGUGAAUCUGAAACAAAGAUCAUUCUUUUUAAUGACAUGCAAAGGAUAUACAAUCAAUGGUCUCAUUCAUAAUCACUCUGGACUCCCGGUUCUCUCAGUUUCUGUUCAGUCUAUCUGAUUUUGAUGGUUCCUGAUGAGACGAGGAGUUUCAGUUUGAAAACUGGUUUUAUUAACUACUAAUGUGGGUAGAUUUCUGCCUCUGAAGUGAAAUGUAUUGAAUAACUUUAGGACAAACACGUUCACUGUCACAUGGUGUUUACUGGUCAAAGCGUGAUCAUGCUGCAGGGCGUUUCUAUGUACGCAGUCUAAAGUGACACCUUUUUUUGUGGAAUAAAAUUUGAA